AUGGUUUGGAAGAUUUGCCUGUUCCUCUUUCUGGCUAUUAGUUAUUCUGAUGGACAUGUCCCCUCUGGGCCACUUUUUGAAAGCAUGAAAGAACAUAUAAGCAAGCUGCAGAGAGAAUUUGUAAGUAUAACUUCUGAUAAUCUUAUUGUCUUUUCUUCAUUUGCCUAUACUCUGGCUUAUUUGAGGAGGCCAAUAUUCUUGGGCAGAGAACUAAGACCUGGUUUUAUGACACUAUGUGUCAUUCAUUUUAUGAUCUUUUUGUAUUUUACCGAUUUUGGUGAUUCUUGUAAAGUUGCAGGGAAGUUUAUUCCAUUGCCUUCACAAGAGAAUGUGAAAUAUCCUCGGUGUUUUAUAAGACCACACAAUUUAGUAUUAGUCAUCAGCCUGACAUGUACAGCUGGUACAAAUCUAUGUGUGGUUUUCUUUAUAAUGAAUCGUUCAGGAAUAGGAAUCGACUAGAUGGAGUGGGCGAGCACAACCAGUCACUUGCCACCCAAAGCAUAUUUCAUUCCUUCAGCCCUCAAAGAACCAGUCACCUCUCCUAUGACUAGCCCAAUAUAAUCACAACAGCUUUCUUAGCACAGCUUCAUAUCUAUCGAGUGCUUUUCACUGUGACGUUAAACAGUACAAAACUGAAUUCCUCAUGGGAAUAUAUUUUUCUAAAUAUUAUAUUAAUUAUGAUGAUUGUUGUUGCUGCUGCUUUUAUUGCUUAUUUAAUUUAUAAUGUGCCCCUCCCCAUAAAGUCCAGGGUGCAUAUAUAUCCGUGUGAGGGCUCCCCCUCCCCAUUAUGGAUCCCAAGGGCCUUCAAAACCCGAGGGAUUCUUGUGCCUUUGGGGAGAUGUCGACUGGUGAUCUCUCCAUUCAGAUGAGUUUAGAGCCUUUCCCAUCCUCAAAUCCCUCCUGAGAUCUGCUUAUCUAAGCAGUUUUGCUUCCCCAUUAAUCCCUCUUUCUUCAGUUACAUUGGUCGCCUCUCCUUUCCUCCUCUUCUUGACUCACUCGGGAUAGCAAACCUCAGAGGUGCUGCCUUUUCCUUCCUUCUAUGUUGCAGUGACAAGCCUCACCAUAGUCUAGCUCUUGACUCUUUGGCUACCGCUCCUUCUUCGUACUUGCUCUCUCCUGACUUGGAGCCCGUUGUAAAUGUAUUGCCUGCCAUACCUUUACCCUCUGUUUGGUCGAGCAUCUCUCCACAGCGGUCGAUACAAGCUUGUCAGUUCUGUUAUUCAAGUUUUAUAAUGUUAUAAUAGGUGUCCAUCUUGGCUGAGACACACGGUACUUAAAAAAAGAAGGAAGAUUGUCAGUUUGGUAAAUUUAUUUGUUAAAUGUAGAAGAUAUUCAAGUGAAAAUAACUCACGCACAUUUAGUCCGACAGAAUGUGUUUGUUCCUCUAGGGCAGCAUUCACUAACCUAGCCUUCUCCAGAUGUUUCAGACUACAAUGUUGGAAGCCACCCAGAGUGGCUGGGGCAACCCAGUCAGAUGGGAGGGGUAUUAUUAUUAUUAUUAUUAAGCAUGGGCAAUGAGCAAAAUUAUGGGAACUGUUGUCCAAAACAUUUAGAAGGCAUCAGGAGAGGGGAGGCUGCUCCUGGGUAAAGAUCUGGGGUGUACGUGGAAGUGAAAGCAGAGUAUACACAGUCUUUCUAAACUGAAACCUAUAAGUCCAGCCCUGCUGAGGAAAUUUGCUUUAAAGUUAUCUUUGAAGUGAAUCAGAUGAUUCAAACCUGGGGCGGGGGGACAAUUUAAAUGCCACUUAAUUACAACAGUCUUAAUUACAAGAAUCUCAAAGCAGUGUACGAGUAGUUUAAUAAUAAUAAUAAUAAUAAUAAUAAUAAUAAUAUAAUGUUAAAAUGAUGAAAUCAGAAUUUUGUUGAAAUGCCUGCUGAAAUAAAAUAAGUCUUCAGUAGGCGCCUGAAUGUUCAACAGGGAGGGGGCCUGUCUAACACACUGCUUCUGUAGAUACCAUAGCAGCCAACUCCUAGGGGCUGAGGGGUUGUCACCCCUCCAAUAAAAUAUUUGAGGGGGCCGGGAUUCCCAAAGUUGAUAGGCAUAUAUGCCAUUCAAAUGGUGUGUGCGCACCAUAUCAUGUGGGUGAUCAUGUGUUGCCUGUGCCCCCCCCCCAAUAUUUUAUUCAAGUUGGCACCCAUGGUGGAUAUGAGCUGUACAUCUGGGCCUCAGCCAUGUGACUAAGGAGGAAAAAUGCUGGAGCUGAGCCUGAAUGUUCACGGUCCAAACUGAAUAAUGCUACAUGUUUGGUUGAGACAUUUGCGUUUUGUAUUGCAGAACACCAGUCAGCCUGAUGUUGCCGAGGGUGGCGCUAUUUUCAGGACUCAUCUGAAGAACGCUCUAUGGUCACAGGUAAUUGUCUCAGUUUGUGUAAAUAUUUGGACAGGUUUCGUACAACACCAAUCAUCUGACGUGAAAUGUCAGUUGCUGCCUAGCACUUGGCCUCGGACUAUUAACUCUCCACUCCACCCUCACAUGGACUAUAUCAUCAUUCUCUAACCCGGUGCCCUCCAGAUGUCUUGAACUACAACUCCCAGAAGCCCCCAGAUUGAGGAAGGCUAGCCAAUAUCACCAGAGAGCUUUGUAGAUCAGACAUACUGUUUACAUUCUCUUUCAUAAUGAGAUAAGUAAACUAAAAGUGAAAGGUGGAAAUCUAUCACUUUUACUGGAGUGCUUCUGGUGCUAUCAGGAGAAACCCUCAAGAAGCCAUUCUUGUUUCAAAAGGGAGCUCACCACUGCUUUGGCUUUUGCCAAAUGGCUGACUCAAGCUAUAACAACACUAAUGCCAACAAUGGCCAUAAGAAAAUCUGGUUGCUUGAAAGUUCUGAGGGCCUUCAUUGUUAACAUUCAGAAGGAAUUUAAGAACAUUCCGGGCAUUUAUGCCUGAAAGAUACAGUUCCUGGAAACCUUGACCUUAGUAUGUCUGAGGAUAUGUGAUUGAUUGUCAAUGUUUUUAGGGGCUCUUAAUAUUUUAAUAAGUUUUUAGAUGCCCUUAACGUUUUCAAAUGCUUUUAUUUGUUUGAUUUUUAAUUGUAUCGUCUUACUGCCUUGUUUGGUGCCCUGGGCAAUUUUGGAAGGAAGAAUAGGAGAGAAAUGUUAUGUAAUAAUUUUCCGUAUUUCUGUUAUUGGGAAAUGUUACUAAUCCAUUCUCUCUCUCUCUCUCUCUCUCUCUCUCUCUCCCUCUCUCUCUCUCUGGGGCUGGUUUUCUGGCAGGCCCAUGAAAGAAAGAUCUUGCUCGCUCAGAUGAUUUCCAAAUACUGGGACCUGUUGACUAAUCUAAACAGCACUCAAAAUCCAAAGGACGUCAGGAGUUUGGUAGAAGUCCUGCAAGUCUAUAAAGAGAGUUACAGCGAAAGCUUGAAAAAAGCAAAAGAUCUAAUUGAGAUAGCAAAACUUCCGGUAAUAUUACAUUCUUCCUUUUGAUUAUGUCACUGAAUAUAACGUCUGUCUGUCUGAGGGAUAAGUGGCUCACUCUAUGCUAUUGAAGGAUGGAAUGAUGGGUUACACACUGGGAUUAAUUAAUUAAUUAAUUAAUUAUAUCAUUAAAUUUAUAUCCUGCCCUUCCUCCCAAAGGAGGACGGGUGUGCUGUGAAGUGGCAGUGACUAAAAAGGAAAGAGAUGUUGGUCAUAGAAUCAUAGAAUGUAGAAUUGGAAGGGACUCUGAAGGUCACUUGGUCCAGCCCCAGCAAUGAGUCAUCUCAACUAGAUCAUCCAUGGCAGGUGGUCUUGGUGGAUUCUCUGCAACGCCCUCUGGUGUCACAUUUUAAUAAUGUACCAUAAACGUUCAAAGUAGGAUGUCAUGUGCCCAUAUGGUUAUCAAAACCCUUCCUUCAUGUUAAAAACCAUGAGUAUAGAUCCACCCGCUGUAUAGAGUUCUGGCCACCACUUCUAAGAAGGUUAUUCUGUGAAUGGGAAAUGUGCAGAAAAGGGCAAUUAAAACAUUCAAGGGAUUGGAGGACUUUUCCUAUGGGGAAAGUGUAUUUAAAAAUUGGGUUUUUAAGUUUAGAAAGCAGAGGAGCCCCACUGUCUUCAUGUCCUACUUGUGGACUUUACUGAAGCCAAUGGUUGGCCCCUGUGGAAACCAGGAUGCUGGACUAAAGGAAUCUUUUGGCAGAAGCUUCAACAGGUCAAUGGUUUGGGCCGACAGUCUUGCUGAUGCAUUGCAUUCGGAAAAUCUCCUCUGCCACCAAUAACGUCACAUUGAAAAUCACAGGCGUUUCUUACCAUCUAUUAGGAAUGCAAUGCAGCUCAUCACACAAUUAUAUGUUACCAGAUAAUUUGAAACAAUAGGGAACAUGAGGAUAUUCACCUAAGGUCAAGUCUGACCACAGCAGGGUUGCCACACAGGUCAAAGUCAGAAUCUGUGGGUGAACGUAGCAGUGCUGAUGUUUGCACAUAAUGUAUUUCUUUAAAAAGUUAACCUGACCUUCCUCUAAAAUAGCUCAAUUAGGCAAACAAAGCUGUAGCCAGGCAGAUUUCACUCCACAUGCUGAUCAAGCCCAGGCCUGCUCAACUUCAUGUAAUUCUUAGUACUGCUCAAGUAAGGUUGCCAUAUUUUGAAGAGCAGAAAAGAGGAUGCUGUGACGACUCUCAUUUUAAAUACUCCUCCUAUAUGUAGGCUAUAGAAGCUGUGAUAUAUUGCUGAGGGGAGCAAGAGAAGAGAAGAGGAAAGCAAGUCCUCAGCCACCAGUUAUGUGUAUGUCUCACCCAGAAAGUAUAGCCAGGGAGAUUUUGGCAAAUUUAGAAAAUCCACCCGGACAGAAAUUUUAGCCCUAAAAAAGAGGACGUGUCCUGGAAAAAGAGGACCCUAGUAAGGUGGCAACCCUAGUAAGUCUAGGGUUGGCAACCCUAGUAAGUCUGAUUGGUGGUGGGGAAAGGAAGUAGAUGCUACAUGAAAGAAGCAUGAAAUGCGGAAUCACCUUACUUUUCUGUGUUUAUACACAGACUAGGUGUUUUCCCCCUAAAAAACGAUGCCAAAAAUUAGGGGGCGUCUUAUACAUGGAUAGUGCUGAGGGUAGAUUGGCGACUCCCCCCAAAUAGGGGGCAUCUUAUACAUGGGGGCGUCUUAUAGACAGAAAAAUACAGUAUAUCCCUUGCAUAAGUAGGCAAACAAGUCCAGAUUUUUAUUUGGUACCAGUCAUGCGUCCACAGGAAGUUAAAUCCUGUUUUCUAGCCAGUCAGUGUUUUCUGGCCGGUUUCACAAACAGGCAGUGUUGUUGUCUUCAUUGUUAAAUGCUCCAGGGAUAUUGUCAAUCAAGAUGUGGGCUGGUGACCAGUCAAUGUCUUUUAAUGAGUGGAAUGUUGGAAUUAGACUGCUUAGAUCUAGGGUGACAUUUCUGCUCAGCCAUAAUAAUUACUGGACUUUGGGCCAGCUACUGCCUCAUAUGCCUUCCUAUCUUGAGAAAGACGGUGGGGGAGGGGCCCUGUAUGCCACCUUGGGAUAGCCAAUGUGAUGCCUUCCAGAUGUUGCUGGACUACAACUCCCAUUAUCCCUGCUCCAUUGCUCACUGGGGCUGAUGGGAUCUGUAGAGCACCACAUUGGCCACCCCUGUUAUAGAGGAAGGGAGGAGUAAAACCCAGACAAAUAAUAAAGGGUAGAUCAUUGACCCCUAUUCAAUAAUUCACAUGUAUUACUCUAUUGUGUACAGUGGUACCUCGGGUUACAUACGCUUCAGGUUACAUACUCUUCAGGUUACACACUCCGCUAACCCAGAAAUAGUGCUUCAGGUUAAGAACUUUGCUUCAGGAUGAGAACAGAAAUCAUGCUCUGGCGGCAGCAGGAGGCCCCAUUAGCUAAAGUGGUGCUUCAGGUUAAGAACAGUUUCAGGUUAAGAAUGGACCUCCGGAACGAAUUAAGUACUUAACCCGAGGUACCACUGUAUUUGCAUUUGUCCCCUUCAUUUCCGUGAGGGUGAUGGGACCCUACGAACGAUGCAUAAUUAUUUUGCUUUCUUAGAUUGUGUUAUUAUUAUUUGACUGAAAUGACUGAGAAGGGGCUUACAAACAAGGGAGCUCCACAUCUGCAUUGUUGGCAUUUGAGUUUGUCUUUCUGCCAUUCAUAGGCUUUCUGGAAUGUUAUUACAUUAUUUUUUUAAAGUGCCAUUUCUCCAGUAAAUAUAUACGGAGCAUAAUUCCCUGCGAACUGUUAAGCUAAUGCAUUUUUGUCAUUUUAAUCAGAUGGAUAAUGUGAAAAUCCAGCGCAAGGCAAUCACUGAAUUUUACGACGUCAUGUUGGAGGUGAACAAAGAGGAAGUUAAAAGAAAGAGGAGAAGCCGAAGGCACAACCCCAGCGUCCCGAUGCGAUACAAACCAAAUCCCAGAGGCUAGCCUUGUUUUUCUACUGAGAGCUCCUUUUAAUAUAUAUAAAAAACUAUUUAUUUAUAUUUAAUAGUUUAAAAUAAUUAUUUAUAAAUGCC